AGUAGCUUUCUCCUUAUUGCUAGAAGCAAAUGGCACCCAUCCAGUCAGUCAAUCAAACGGAAGGUACGAUUUAGAGUAGCUGAAAUGAGUAGAAAAAGUAGCAUCGAUUAUCUUCUCUCUGGUUCUUUGACGUUGAUGCGGCGGCCAUGGGAAGACAACGACGAAGAAGAAACGAAGCCGAGAGGAAGGUAGAGAGAUUCUUCCGGGAUCCCAAUCGUUUCUCCCAAGCAAGGAGGGAUUUGAGCCCCUGGCUAGGUUUUCUGUAACUAAAUUCCCCCUCUUGCAGUCUUGCUGUCUUCUUGUUGAGAUUGGCUCACAGCCUCGGCGCUCUGCUUCUCGUCUGCGCUGAAUCAUUAAAAAAAGGAGGUUUUGAGCUGGAAAUCAUCAGAAACUAGGUCAAAUAUUCAAUUGAGGCAAAAAGAAAAAUCAGGAAGACGAAUGAUUUGUUAUUUUGUUUGGUUGUUCACGUCUCUCCUUCAGCUACAACUUCCAUAAAGAUAAAAGAAGGAUCUCCUCCUUUGCAAUCAGGAUCCAAUAGGCAUCUUUCUAUGGCUGGUUGUGUGUCUUUAGCAGCUUCUCAGGUAGAAGGUAGGCAGGUUGUGCAGGAAGAGACUGAAAACCUAUCCGGUGGUGUGGUAGAAGUGAUUGCAGACCUUGGGGUUCAGUUCUCCAACUUGACAACUGCAGAAGAAGUAUCGAUAUAUGACAUCGACCAGCAGUUGAAAGGAUUACACAACAAGAUCCUCAACUGGGAGCCUGAGAAGUCACUGAUAUCUGACUUGGUACGAGAUGUGGAUGUAGUCCUGGAGCUUAAAGAGGUUCUUGGAUUGUUGCAUUCAAGCAGUGACAAUGAAAAACACAAUGAACUCCUGAUUUUUGCCGAAAGCAUUCUUCAGAUAGGAAUGGCAAGAGUUGAGGAUGAGUUUGUGGAACUUCUAGCUUACUGUUACCAGCCAUUAGAGCCUGGUAACACCUCCUUUCAUUCUGCAGAAGAUGAGAGCAUGGACUUCUCGAGCAGUUCUUUUGGCGAGGAGACAAUUGAUAGCAGACCAAACAGUGAUGUUGCUAGAGAGCCUAACAAAGUUGGUAUUGCUACAAUCCAACAUGGUCUAAUUUCUGAUAUUGUAUCCAUUGCCAAUCUGAUGUCUCGAUCCAACUACAACAAAGAAUGUUGCCAGGCAUAUGUCAUGAGCAGGAAAUGUGCCCUCGAGGAAUGCUUGUCUUCUCUCCAAAUUGAGAAACUUAGCAUCGAAGAAGUGCUCAAAAUGGAGUGGAAAGUUUUGAGUUGCAUGAUAAGGAGGUGGAACCGAGCAAUGUAUACUUUCGUUCGGAUCUGUGUUGCCAGGGAGAGACAGCUCUGUGAUCUUGUCUUUGGGCAACUUCCAAACUCAGUCAAACAGUCUUGCUUUCUUGAUAUUGCAAAGAGUUCUGUCCUUCAACUUCUCAGCAUUGUCAUGGCCAUAGCCAUUUCACCUCCAGAUCCACAGAAGUUGUUUGAGACACUUAAUACAUUUGAGGCUUUAAAAGAUCUUCUUGUGGACAUGGAGCAGUUCUUCCCGGAAGACGAUGGUUCUAAUGUUCUGAGAGAAUGCCAUGAAGUUGUAAUGAGAUUAAAAGAAUCUGUGAGAAGAACCCUAGAGGAGUUCAAGUAUAAAAUUCAAUCAAACAUUUCUUCCACUGCCUUUGCUGGAGGUGGCGUCCAUCAUCUUACAAAAUAUGUAAUGAACUACAUAAAGGCUCUUUCUGCGUACAGUGAGACCCUCAACUUGAUUCUUGAGGGCCCUCAUGAGAAAGAACAUAUACUGUUAGAAUGCAGUGGGCAGAGUUCUUCUCCUCUGGCUUGGCAUUUGAAGCUAGUGACUGCAAUUCUGGAAGAAAACCUUGAUCACAGAUCCCAACUUUACCAAGAUGGAUCUCUUAAGAAUAUCUUCAUGAUGAAUAAUAUCUUUUACAUGGUUGACAAAGUAAAAGGUUCUGACCUAAGAAGCCUCUUGGGUGAUGACUGGAUUCGUGCACGCAUCUGGAAAUUCCAAAUGCAUGCACGAGAAUAUGAGAGGACCUCGUGGUCUUCCGUCAUCUCUUUGCUGAGGGAAGAGGGUAUUUGUAAGCAUAAUUCUAGCUCCCCUUCUGUGUCAGUUCUCAAAGAAAGAUUCCGAGGCUUCAACCUUGCAUUUGAAGAGGUUUACAAGGCACAGACUGCAUGGAUAGUUCCUAAUGAAGAACUCCGUGAAGAUCUGAGAAUCGCUCUUUCUGCCCAUCUGAUACAAGCAUAUCGGACAUUUGAAGGUAGGUAUGCUACCCAUCUGGAUGGUGACAGAAACCGUGAGAGAUACCUCAAGUACACACCAGAUGACUUGGAAGAACUCUUGCUUGAUCUCUUUGAAGGUUCACCCAAGUCACUGCAGAGUCAGCGAAGGCGGUGACCUCCCAUGCAGUCUUGAAAUUGCUUCAAAGUGUCUAGAUCAUGUAUAAGUCUUCAGGAAUCUGUUAUCAAGUGGCUGCAGACAGAUGAUGCCCUUCCAGUGUGCCAAAUCCUAGAAUUUCAGGUCAUCCAUAUUCCUUUUAACCUUAUGUAGAUGUAUGUUGCUAAACUUUUCCUACAGAGAUGCAUUAUCUUCAUUUGUCCUCGAAUAUGUUUAUUUUGGUAAUAUCAUUAAGACGCUGUCUGCAUCAUAGUUGCAGUUCAACCAAUAUUUCAGUGUAAUGACUUGUUACCAAUGGGUAUCCAUAGUAUAUAAUGUGUCAUACCUUCUAAAGCAUC